AUGCCGACCAUGUUAUUACCUGCCUCUGCUGCGGCUUUCGCACCUCGAUCCGCUCCCAACGUCGUUCUCAACUCCAAGGUGGAGCCAUGGUUGACCGUCACUCUCAAGCGCAUCAACCGGAUAAAGCGGCCUCUGAACAGUGUACCUCAGCAUACUCGGUGUCUCACCGAGACUUUGUCAUCGCCCAAUGCUAUAUGGUCGUUAUGCUCUCUCAUGCUACCUAAAGCGCCUGAGUCAGAGCUACGCAAGGAUGCAAACCCAUUAGUCGAGGCAUUGUUCAAUUAUCAGCUUCUUCACAUCGAAGCGUAUGUCGUUCACGUCGAUAUGGUCUCACAGAAUGAGGUCGCCUUCAAGCUAACACCAGAGACGAUUGAGUCACUCGUUGAACAUCACAAGGACAUCUUUUCUGUCGACACUGCUGCCGCCACUUGGAAUUGGUCUGAGAAGGAAGUUCAACUAAAGAAGCUGCAAGAAGAAUUCGUCCAAAGCGCCAACAAAUUUGUCUAUCGCACGAACGCGUUGGCUUUGGAAGGUCUGGAAGAAGAUGGAGCUGGCGAGUUGCUCUGCGGUCGAAGCGACGAAGUCCGAGAGGCCAUCAUGGGUCUUUUUGUGCCUCUCCUCCCACCUCCACAGAGGAUUGUCGAUGUCGUUCGUCCUGCUCCACUCCUUCCAAGCUCUUCAGGUGCUGAACAAUGGUGGCCUUCGCAACCCAUGCAAGCCCAGUUUUCUGCACCUAUGGACUCUUGGAGGGUAGUGCCAUCAAGUCCUAGCCCAGUUCCAUCAAGUGAUUCCCAUCACAACAUGUGGGCUGGCGUGGGCAUGAACGACAUGCACCAGCUACCAUCACCAACGCCAUCUUACAGCUCACCGUUCCCUGCUUGUUCCUAUAGCGCCCCACAGUACUACAGCGCGCCGACCACGUCCGUAUCCAUUCCACAAUUACCACUUCCAAGCAUGUUGGCCCAACAGCAAUGCAGCUCUACUGCUGCCAUGACCAGCUAUGGCUGGGAUAGGUAUUUGGAGUACACGAUGCCGUACGCGACAGCCAUGUGA